CUCUCACCGAGUAGUGAAUUACUGGAAUUCUGUACUAGAAUACAUAAUAUUCACACCUCUUGGUAUAUUCAAAACAAGAUUUGACCUCCACAGUGUUAAAGACUGCAAGGAUUAACAUAGGUCGAUAGACCUCCUAUCCUUAUUACCGAAGAUAGGAGACAGAACCAUUUGAUCAACAAAGUUUUAGUGUUUCUCUACUUUGUGACAGAUCGAAACUCUGCGUUACAAUUCGACGUCAUGAUAUCUAUGCAAGACGUAAGAGUAUGGGCAGAAAAACACAAUAUGUAUAUGGAUUUUGUGGGUCAGAAAAAGGCUGAGAAAUUUAUGAACCUAAUGAUUAUUACAUUUCUGAUCAUUGCAUUUCCAGUCGGAUAUUACAAACAACAGUUGUCUGACAGCGUUUUAAUAUUAUUGUUCGGCUGUCUACUCACGGCUGUUGCUGUACUACCACCGUGGCCAUGUUACCAUAAAAAUCCCAUUGACUGGUAUCAUGAAGAAACUAAAAGCAACAAAAAGACAGACUGACUUUCAAUUUAUGUCUUCCAAUUCCUCUGUUAUUUUACACUUUUAUAAGUAACUAAUAAAUUUGAUUUCUUUUGAGAUCAA